UUCAUAUAAAGUGAGAGAGAGAGAGCGCGGCUGGACAAUCGAUUGACAGUUUACUACUCGAUGCGAUUUCCGAAGAAGAUGGCCAAGUUUGCAAUCGUCACGAUCGUUUUGUUGGCGAGCACUGCCUCGCAGUCCCAGAGGAUAAUUAGGGAAGCACCUACACAAUCCGCAGAUGCGAAUGCAACGACCAUCAAAGACAUUCUGCAGAAGAUCUCGAACGGGGAUUCGAAUACGAAGGAUGAUGUAAAACUCGUCGAUAUCAUUAAGGAGGAAAUCAUGAAGACCGCGGAGGAAAUUAAGACGCCCACAGGAUCGAUCGAAGCAGCAGCUAAAAAAGCGCAGAUAUUGGUGUCCGAAUUGACCUCGGCAUACACGAACGCUAUUUAUAAAUCCAAAACUCCCGAAGAUGGUCGCGAGAAUUUUGCACGCUUCCAGACUACCGUCCAAAUGAUCGUGGAAUUCAUCAAAAACGGCCAAUUCUUGGCAUAAUCUAAAAAAUCCUAUUUUCUUAAACUGUCUAUUUCAACCUGGCAUAUUUAUCCGUUAAACGUAGUACCUGUCUAUCGCCAACUUCACAAAUGUAUCAUAGAAAAUCAAUAAAUAUAAUUGUGAGUUAA